ACACUUAGACCUAAAAUGGUGGUUGUUGCAAUAGUUGGUGCUGGACAGAUGGGGCUAUGUAUUGCAGGUGAAAUGGCUCUUCACGGUCAUACUGUUCUGCUGUAUGAUAUCGACAAGGAUUGUCUUGCUACUGCACUUUCACGACUGGAUGAACGAAAACAACAACUUCAUUCUGACGGUCUGCUCUCUCGCGCCCAGGAUUUGGACGGUGUAAUUCAGUGUUCUUCUGAUCUACAACAUACCGUUGCAAAUGCAGCGUUUGUUUUUGAAGCUGUAGUAGAAGAUAUUGAUGUGAAGAAACAAGUUUGCCAAGAAAUAGACAAGUUAUGUGGAGAAGAUGUGCCUGUUUGCAGCAGUACAAUCAAUAUUAACAUGUCAGACAUCACUAAAGACACGAACCAUCCUGAGCGCUUUCUUGGUGUGCGGUUUCUAUUUCCUGUUCAUGGCAUCCCCGAGGUAGAAUUAACCACAACAGCAUAUGUCAAACCAGUGAUUAUUGCAAAAAUCAAGGAAUUUCUGAAACGCAUUGGGAAACAUUGGGUUCAUCGUCAAGGUACAGGACUAAAGUUAACUCAGUCCCAAGUUGAAUCUCGUCAACAAGCUUAUAGGGACAUGAUUAGAAGGGGAUGUACUGCAUCAUCGUAUAUUGGUUAUGGGCAUGCCUACCAUUCUGACAUGUCUGUUAUUCCAUCUCAAAAAGUUGGUUUGACUCAAGCCCAAGCACAUGUACACAUGCAGUCUACAUCAUCUAAAGCUGCUGAAGCUGAAGGAGAUCCACUGCAGUGUAUUGUCUGUAUGAACAGUUUACGGGAUGUUUUGCUUUGCCCUUGCAAUCACUAUUGUGUCUGUGACCAUUGUGCAUGUUUAUUGAAACAACGUAAUGCUGGUUGUCCUGUAUGUCGAGGUCCUAUAAAAGAACACGUACAUGUGUAUAGCUCUUAGUUUUGACUUCAUAUUGUUUUACUACAUAUUUAUAAUUUGGUGUACAUAUAUACUAUUAUAGUCUGGAAACAGAUGGACGUUAUUGAUGUU